GCUAAAAAAAGAUAAACCUAGUUUGUCUCUUCUCCACACGACACUUACGAGCCAUGGCCGCCGCCGUAGAGAUUGACGCUGAGAUUCAGCAACAGCUUACCAACGAGGUCAAGCUCUUCAACCGUUGGAGCUUUGACGACGUUUCGGUCACAGACAUUAGUCUUGUUGACUACAUUGGUGUUCAGCCUGCUAAGCACGCAACCUUUGUCCCACACACUGCUGGAAGAUACUCUGUGAAGAGGUUCAGGAAGGCUCAAUGCCCAAUCGUUGAGAGGCUUACAAACUCUCUCAUGAUGCACGGAAGGAACAACGGUAAGAAGCUCAUGGCUGUGAGGAUUAUCAAGCACGCUAUGGAGAUUAUCCAUCUCUUGACUGACUUGAACCCUAUUCAGGUCAUCAUUGAUGCCAUUGUCAACAGUGGUCCACGUGAAGAUGCUACUAGGAUUGGAUCUGCUGGUGUGGUUAGGAGGCAGGCUGUUGAUAUCUCUCCUCUAAGACGUGUGAACCAAGCUAUCUUCUUGCUCACCACUGGUGCACGUGAAGCUGCCUUUAGAAACAUCAAGACAAUCGCUGAGUGUCUUGCUGAUGAGCUCAUCAAUGCUGCCAAAGGAUCUUCCAACAGCUAUGCCAUCAAGAAGAAAGAUGAGAUUGAGAGAGUUGCUAAGGCCAACCGUUAAGGAGGAUCUUCCUAUCCCUGGAGUUUGCAUUACAUCUCAAAGACCUGUUCUUGCUGUUUUUCAUUAGAGAGAUUUGGAUAUGUUUUCAGAAGAUGUCCCUAUCUCUUAAUGAUGUGUUUUUUGACACUUUGGAAUCUUGAUCAAAACGUUUUCAUGUUUAAGCAUAUUUUCAUCUUCAUAUUUAAUUAAAAGUUGUUUAUUUCAUCAA